AUGUCUAACCUCUAUCGCUCGGCGCUUCAAGCGCGCAUAUCAAAGUUACCACAGCUACCGAGCGAUGCCAGUGAAGAGGAGGACGUGGAUGAAGAGGAUGAGGCGAAGAGUUCUAUCGGGGCGCUUCCAGGUCGGAUGGGACCGCCCGCUGCGUGCGCAUCCACCGCGAAAGCCAAAUCCCCCAACCCCGCCUUCGCACCUAUCUCUGCCUCGUCUUACUUUGCUUCCGCCAACCAGGUUGCGGUCCCAUCGCGACAACUCGACUUUCGGGUCUAUUACACGCCUCCGGCGUCGAAAAGCUCCAAGUCUGCUACCGAGGAUGAGCACGGGGAGAGUGGGACUGUGCUCGUGUGCCACCACGGUGCGGGAUUCUCGGGACUGAGCUUUGCAUGUUUUGCGAAGGAGGUGCAGUCGUUGAGCCGGGGUGCGCUCGGGGUACUGGCGCUGGAUGCGCGAAGGCAUGGCAAGACGGUCCCGAUUGACAAUGCGUCUGACGAGGAUCUCUCCGUCGGCGUGCUUGCUGUGGAUCUCGUCUCGUUACUGCAAACUGUCUUCCCUGAUUCGAAGAAGGCACCCGCUGUACUUCUUGUGGGUCAUAGCAUGGGCGGGUCUGUCGUGGUGCAAGCCUGCCCGGAGAUCAUGGCCGCUGGAUACUCUGUUCUGGGUGUGGCAGUCUUGGACGUCGUCGAAGGCACCGCCCUCGAAGCUCUUCCCUUCAUGAACUCCAUCCUGAACGCUCGUCCAGACGGUUUCGACAGUGUCGAAGAGGCGAUAGAAUGGCAUGUGAAGUCGCAUUCCAUCCGUAACCCGACAUCAGCACGCGUAUCCGUACCUUCCAUCAUAGUGCCGUCGAGCGAGGAGACAGGUAAGAAGUACGUGUGGAGGACGCCGCUGAGGAGCACUGGCGCAUAUUGGGAAAACUGGUUUACCGGCCUCUCCUCCCGCUUCCUCGCGACUCGCACUGCUCGCCUGCUCAUCCUCGCGGGGACGGACAGACUGGACAAGGAGCUCAUGAUCGGCCAGAUGCAGGGCAAAUUCCAGCUCGAGGUCGUUGGCGGUGGCGUUGGGCACGUCGUACACGAGGAUGACCCGAUGCGCAUAGCGGAGAUUAUAGUCGAAUUUUGGAGGCGGAACGAACGGGUUGUGUUACCUGGCGUAAAGGGGAAGGUAAUCAAACGGGUAGGAGAAGUGUAG